CAGUUUUCUUCACACCAGAACCAAUUUCCUUCGUUGCAAACCAACUUUGCUCUCUUGUUUUACACAUCUCCUCCUCUUACUCCACACUCAAAACCUGUACUCCUUUUCUCUCACUCUGUCCAACCGUCAACUCCGGAACACCCUCGCCGGAAACAAAAAUGGCUCCCGAUAUCACCGUCGCCGUUGCCAACGCUGCCGCCAUCCAAGCAAAGGCCAGCGGGAGGGACCGUGCCUUCGUGACUUUCCUGGCCGGAAAUGGUGACUACGUGAAGGGAGUGGUAGGACUCGCCAAAGGUCUGAGGAAGGUGAAGAGUAAGUACCCUCUGGUGGUUGCUAUUCUGCCAGAUGUGCCCCAGGAGCACCGUCAGAUUCUGAUCGGUCAAGGCUGCAUCAUCCGCGAGAUCGAGCCGGUCCACCCUCCGGAGAACCAAACCCAGUUCGCCAUGGCUUAUUAUGUCAUCAAUUACUCUAAGCUGCGCAUCUGGGAGUUGGUGGAGUACAGCAAGAUGAUCUAUCUUGAUGGAGACAUCCAAGUGUUUGACAACAUAGACCACCUUUUUGAUUUGCCAAACGGGUACUUCUACGCCGUGAUGGACUGUUUCUGUGAGAAAACUUGGAGCCACACCCCACAGUACAAGAUCGGCUACUGUCAGCAGUGCCCUGAUAAGGUUCAGUGGCGAGCCGAGCUUGGACCCAAGCCUCCACUAUACUUCAACGCUGGGAUGUUUGUUUGCGAGCCCAGUCUCUCCACGUACCGUGACCUCCUGAAGACCCUCCUGGUCACCGAGCCUACUUCCUUCGCUGAGCAGGACUUUCUGAACAUGUACUUUAAGGACAAAUAUAAGCCCAUACCGAACGUUUACAACCUUGUGCUGGCCAUGCUGUGGCGUCAUCCCGAGAACGUUGAGCUUCACAAAGUGAAAGUGGUUCACUACUGUGCUGCUGGGUCAAAGCCAUGGAGAUACACAGGGAAAGAGGAAAAUAUGGACAGGGAAGACAUCAAGAUGCUAGUAGACAAAUGGUGGGAUAUAUACGAGGACGAAACCUUGGACAAUGCGAACCCAGUGAAUAUAGAGCGUAUUCAAGAGGCACUAUCCGAGGCUGCUAGGGUUGCAUUCGUUCCCGCCCCCUCUGCCGCUUAGUUUUCUUAUAUAUGCACUUCAUGGUCUGUAAACAAGUACAGAGUCGACUUAUUUGGUUUUUCUGUGUGAUCUGGAUGAUAUUCCUAUAUCCAACGCAACUCACAAAUUUUUUUUGGUGCUUUAAAUUCUUAGGACAUGGGGGACCGUACAGAGUCCGUUUCCCCCCAACAAAUUUUUUUUCUCCCUCGGUUUGUAUUGAUGAAUUUGCAGCCACAGUAGUGUAGUGCUGUUGAGCUGUGAUGGUAUCCGUCCUUCUAUCAAAUUGAAUAUAAUUAUUUUCGUA